UUAGUUUGUUUUGUUUGAGUUUAAACGCAAUGAUAAAGGGGUUUCAGUAAGACAUCAUUUAAUAUGAAAUGUGUUUCUAUGAAAAUUCCAUCUCGAAAGACAACAGUUUUAUCUGUUAUUAGUACAAUAUUAUUUUAACUGGGCUUUGCCACAUAGAACACCUGAGUAGAGUCAGUGAAGUGUCUAUUCAAUAGGUUAUGCUUUUGUUGGGAUGUUAUCAUUUACUUAGAACCUGGUGUCAGAAUGGAGAUUUGUCAUGAAGCAGAUUCUGAGCAAUCGACUGAACCACUACUACCAGCAGCAGAGUUUUGGAAAAUAUUCCACACAUCAGUGCCAGCACUAUUCAAUAAUGAAGGUGAUAUUGUGCAAAAAUUGGGCAUCAUCAUUCAGAGAUGUGGAGAGGAUUAUGAAUACUAUACACCACCGAUAUCAGUCCAUCGAGCAGAAUAUGAAGCAAAACUACCACACUAUAAUGCCUUUACAACAUGGCUUGUGGGACAGCUGGUACGUGCCUUAACACUUGACAAGUUAGCAUGCUACCAUUCACAGUUUGUUGAUUGGCAGUGCUUAAUCCUAGAUGUACUUGCAACCCGAAAUGAAUCUAUGUUCCUGACAAUUAUGCUUCAAUAUUUGGCAGCACUAAAAGACCUUGUAGAGGCCAAGAGUUCCGAUGGUAAACUGGUGUUUCAGUGGUUCAGCCAGUCACUCCAUCACCUUAACAGUCAACCUCCACUGGAUCAGUUUGAGUUGGAAAAUAGUACUAAACGUGCUUCAGUCAUCACUCACCUACUAAAGGUUGUAAGUUCUCAGACUUAUAUGUUGGCCAAAUGUUCCCCACUUUCCGUGGAAGUGUACUGGAAUCUGUUGCUGUGUCUGCUGGAGGACCCUCAUCCAGCAGAUGUGGUGGCGACACUGGACUCUGUAUCUACCAGUCUUGCCAACUGUGGAUUUUUGCAGUUGUCUUGGAACUGUGCUGCACCCGUUACCGCUUUCAAACUCUGUGUCAAUAUGGAUUCAGUUAUGUUCUAUGUGAACUGGAACUACUCUGGCAACUGUGACAGUAACCAGUCUGUCAAACCUCUCCUCAUUUCAUUCAGUGAAUACUUCAAGACCAUCUUAGAGAAUGGAGACUCUAUCUCAGAGAUCAUUCAAGAAAAAAUUAGUAUUCCAAGGGGGGUCGCUAAAGUUGGGGUGGAUAGCAGUGCCACCGGAGGAGCUGAUAGUGAUGCGGGAGAUCAAAAUGAGGAAGGUGAUCCGUUAGAUGACAAAGAUCCACAGGCCUUUGGAGGAGCAGUUUCAACAAAAGCUUUGCAAGGAGCUAAGUCCAUUGGCAGCUUUCUGUACUCAGCCGUCAAUACAGCUGGCAAGAAAGUCACUGAAACAACGGCAAAAAUAAAAAAGACAGUUGAAGAGAACAGUUUGUUGGGAGAAUUCAAUAAGGAACAAGAAGCGUUCAUCAAGGAGAAGCAAGGCAAGGGUGGGGAGACAGCAGUACCACCCUGGGUCGGAUACUCCAACCAGGAGUCUCUCAAGGAGGAGUGCCUUGCCCUCUCACAAGACAAAAGAAAUUUUGUGAGAAGUCCACCUGCAGGUGUGGACUUUCAGUUUGAUUAUGAGACUUCAUACCCUGUAGCAAUGGCGACCCUAGCAGAGGACCCUAGUCUGGAGAGCAUGAGAUUUGAACUUGUCCCUAAAGUGAUUUCUGAAGAAAACUUUUGGCGAAACUACUUUUACCGUGUGAGCUUGAUCUGCCAGGCCAGUGAACUUAACUCAAUGGCUCAAGAAGGAAACACUCUGGACUCGCGCACGAGCACUGAGCCUGCAGCAAAAGCCACAGUACCAAGUCCCGUGGAAGCUCCGUAUAAUCCCGUAACAGACAGUCCGUCUCAUGAGUUUGUAUCUGAUAAUUUUCGACCUAGUUCUCAAGAUCUGGAGGAAGUACGAGAAGGGAUGAAAAAACUGGGAUUAAAUCCAUCAGCUGUCAAAGAAGAAGAGUGGGAGAGGGAACUGGAAGCUGAGCUCCAGGAUUUCGAAGUGGUUGCCAGUGGAGAUAAGAAAGGCAUUGAUACACAGUGGGAGAGUCAGAUUGAAGAAAUGUUGGAUGCAGAAGAUCUCAAGUAAUAAAAUAACUGUAUAUGUGGAAAUCUGUAUAGUUUAUUUUUUGCUAUUGUUACAUUUUUUAUUUGUUUUGAAAAGUUUUGUACAUAAUAUAAUUUUAAUGUGUAGGCCUAGCAGUUCUGGUCUACAAUAAAUUACACACCGUAGCUUUCAAUAUCUUGUGGGAAAUUUGCUACUGUAUCUCCAAACUCGCAUCGCUUCUGUGCACGGUUUCUGCUCCCCAGAGUGUGCUUUAAUGUUUGUAAAUUAUCUCGUUAAUAUUGUUAAUCUAACGAUCGGCCUGAAAACACAUGUUCACAUUUUGCUUUACUGUUACCUCUGUUGUUACAAUCAAAUUGUGAGAAAUAAAUUCAAAUGUUUUUAUCUUAAAAUACUGUCACAAUAAAAUACCAAUAUUGACAAACUUGCACUUAAAAUACUGACAGUUAAAUAUCGUCACCUUGAACAUUGCUCUACUCCCGUGAAGGCUGGUUAUCAUCAAUUGGUUUAACAAAGUGAGGACACUUUACAGAGUAGGAUAUCAAACACUCAAAUUAGGGACAAUAAUACAUUAUAUGACUGCUUUAGUUCAUUUUCAUCAAAUGGGUGAGAUAUGUUCUCUGAAAGUAGUGAAGGCAUUCUUUGUUCAAAUUUUCCAUUGGUUUUACAUUCCUUUUCUUAAAUACAAAUUUUAAACGUUUUCCAAUUAUUAGUUUAUUACAAGGUUUGUUCUAAAAGUAAGUGUAGGUCAAAAUAAUAAAUAUGUAUAUUUUAUUUAAAUAAUAAAUUGUGAAUAAUCCCGUAAUAUUUUAGAGUAUUUAUGAAGUAUAAAUAUUGCAGAAUUAAUUGUUGUUAUAAUGGAUGUAUUUUCAAAUCUAAGUGUGAAGAGCAGGUGAAGGCCUAUUGAAGUUGUGUAGUUAGGGUUGUAUGUAAGCUGUACAUAUAUGGUAAAGGCCAUAUCACACUAGUGUUGUACCAUAAGCAUUUCUCAAUAAUUUUUGACCUGUGUGUUGUCAUCGUAUUCAUACACCACUAGAUGGCUGCAGUACACAACUACCUUUCUUUUACCUAGUACCAGUAUAUCUACGCAAGGUACUCACACAACUUUCAGUGUGAACAAGAAAUAAGAAUUAAUAAGUAAAUAUUACAAACUAACGAAAAAGUAUAAAACAAUACUUAAAAGUAUGUGUUAUUAAACAAUAAGCUAAGGUAUAUAAAUUAUAUAUAUUUUAGAAUAUAACAAAUCAGGAAUUUUUUGUAAAAAAAGUGGUUAUAUGGCUAAUGGCUUGCUCGUAAAACUAUCAAUAAUGAUGUUAUUUUUCUAAUAUGUCUAUGUAUAUGGAAGGAUUUAUUAUUUUAGAAUAGAAUUGUGAAAUAAAGUAUACAAAAAUAAAUAUUACCAAGCUCAUUUGUAGAUAUGUUUAUUUAUAUAAUUAUUACACAGAACAGUUUAGUUACUAAAAAUGUUCAUUUGCAUUUAACAUUUUCAAACUCAUUACUUAAUUUGAACAUCAAUAGAAACAAGUACAACAUUAUUAUGUGGACAUUCCAAUGAUUGUAACAUGUGUAUCAUACAAUUUAAGACAAAAGCAUAAAAAACACAACUUUUGAAAUUGUUCUCUUUACUAAUAAAAUGGUUUACUACUUCAAAUAUUCGCCUGAAUAAUUCAUAUUUAAAAUCAAUUAAACUUUAUUGUGCAUUGUUGGCAUUUGAAAGAAAACCAGUAAUCUUUAACAUUAAUUAAAUAUUGAAGCAGUCAUUUAGUGGGUAAGUGCUUUUUAUACUCAGGUUAAACCAAUAAUAUGUAAAUAAAAGUUUACAUAAUUAAAUUUGUUUAUGCUUGAAUGUGUUUUAAUGACGUUGAUGUGAUAAUUUGUAUUCUACAACUUUGCCAGCUCUGUAAGGCAACCUCGUGCAGAUCUGACAUUCAUUGGUGUAGGAUAGAUGUUGUCUAAAUUUAUCACUCCUCUGAAUAUCUUUGUUUGUAAUAUCUUCCAACACUUAAAAGUUGUAGGAAUGUUUGUCCACUAUAACUUAGUCUAACAUUAUUUUCGUCCGUUAGUAUUUUAAUCAGACAUAUUAUCGUCCACUUGAGAUUAAUGUUUGGUCUUCUAAAUACAUAACCAAUAUUACAUUUUUUAGAUACUUUGUGAAGCAUUAAACAGUAUUACCAGGUCAAAAUUUGCUGUUUCUGACACAAUUCUUAAAUCUCCAUUACUGUAAGGCUGGACCUACACUCAUUGUGAGAUAGAUGGGAUUGAGUAAUAGUGGGCUCUUAUUGCCCAAUGGGAAACUACACCUUUAACUGGGUAAACACAAAUGGUAAUUUAAAAAGUAACUUAAACGUAAUUUUAACAACAAAAACAUUACCAAACUAACCAUAACUAAACAUAGCUGUAAAUUUCAUAAAUUAAUAACUAUUUGAGGUAUAUGUAAAACCAUUUAGUGUACUGUAUAUGUAGAAUAGUUUUAGGCUUGGUAAAUUAGUAUAAAAAUUUAAUUAAUUUAGAAUUUUUAACUUGGUAUAUGCAGUUUCCAAGUAUAAUUCAUAAUAAGACCAUUAAUAAAAACAAUUAAAAAGUUUAUAUGAGCAUUGAAAUUACUAUGACAAGUCUUAUUAUGCUAGUUUGGUAAUUAAUUGUGAUUAAAACUUGAACAGAUACUUCAAUCAACUAGAUUUAAAUUAAAAAUAUAUUGUGGAUUGUACAACAUUACAUAAAACCUCUUCAAAUGUUUUAUCACAAAUUCUUUCAAAAAUGUAUUAUUCAUUUUGUAUUUUAGAAUAGUUUAAAAAAUGCCUAUUUAUGUAUCAUUGUGUCAACAGCAAUAAUUUAUGUUACUGAGAUUUUAACUUGGAUCUUUUGUGUAAAAAAAUUGUAGAAAAAAUUCAAAUUUUAAAUAACCUUCUUGGCUGUUAGGUUUUAUUGGUUGAGUUUAGAAGAAUCUUCACUUCAAGCUGUGUGUAGUAUGUACAGUAUUGUACAGUUACAUGAAGCAGCUGUUUGAACAGUUAUUAUUUGAUGUAUGUUUGAUGUUGUGCUGCUGGCAGCUCCUCAAAGCAUUGCGAUAAUUACUUUUUGGUUAAACUGUACAAUAAUAAGUACAGUUACAUACAAUAAUACAUUUUAUGUCUGCGUUACGGACAACUUUCAAAAUUGAUUAAAUUACUUUCUGAUAGAGUGGGACAUGUUUCUGUGUACCUCUUGCUGCUUAUUGAUAUAAGAGUUAUAAUUAGUGUUAUGUACAAUAGUUGUCCAUAAAACUUCCAGUAUUAUUCUCUAUUCUAGUACAAUAUCUACUAUAAUUUAUUCUUUAAAGAGCAUUUGAUAUAGUGGUAAUAAACAUGCAUUCUUGUUUUACUUAAUUGUAAUUUCUAAUUAUUUAUUUAAAUUAACAUUUGUAAUAAUUUACCGUCAAAGAAAAACUUUGUUUACAAAAACAUAAUUAUGUGUAGCAGUAAUCUUGCACAAGUAAAUACUUCCUUAACUUUUCCCUAUAAAACAUUUUUUUUUUUGUAAAACGAUAAAGCUUUAUGAAUAUGACAGUGGAAUAAACAAACCAUGUAAUUGUGCAACAAAAGCGAUAGAAUCUGUGUUCACAAAUCACAUUGUUAAUCUAAAAUCAUAUGUCUUAUUGUAAGUUAUUAAUGAAGAAUAUAAAAAUAUUGUUCAUGAAAUAAAUUUAAGUUGAAAAUUAAAUCACAAUAAAUUGCAAUAUUAAACUGUUGUUGUAUGAAAUUUCUUCCUAUAUACUCUGUAACAUAUACUAUUAACCUUUAAAUUUAUUAUAUUGUCUUUUAACAGUAUUUUUGCAAUAACAGGAUUAACCAACUGUGCUGAAGCGAAAGUCAAUUAAACAUUAAUCAUUGAUAGAGAAAUAGAUAUCACAUCACUAAGUUAGAAAUAAUGUACAAAAACAGCUGUCAUGUUCUGGAUGAUUAGGGGAUGUGCGCCUGGAGAACUUUGAUCUGAGAGAGUGGAUGAGAGAGGACAGAGUAUGAUCCGUGUCUGCAAUAUCUCACUGUGUCUGAGAGGUGAAAUUACACUGUACUAAAGUUAUCUGUUGUGUGAGUUAUCUAGUUCUUUAUCAUCAAUAAUGAUGAUUUUUGACUUAACUGCAAUGAAGCUUUUUGUUGUAAUCUCUUCAAUCUUUAUUGGUGUAUUUCUGCAACUUAAUUGUACAUAACUUAUAGUGCUGUAAACCUCUGCAGGUCAAAUCAAUCAAUAGAGCACUCAACAUCUAGCUGAUAUUAUUUUAUCACUGAUUUGAGUAACAUAUAACACCACAUUGAAUUUUUGUAACAUGAACGGAAUUUUACAUGACUAUUCUCUCAUUAAGGUUUAGCUAGUGCAGAGACUAAAUUUGUGCUGCAAUAAGUUCCUUCCAAAACAUAACAUAUUUUACUUUUUAGCCAAAAUACCAUCAUGUCCAAUUAUUGAGAUGAAUUUUCAACAACUAUUUUUUUAUAUUCCAGUGCUAAAUCUAAUGUUGAGAACAGCCUAAAUAUUAAAGCAAAAUGGGAAGAUUUUAUUUUCACAGGUAUGCUGAAUGACUGUUAAUUGCUACUAAUCUGAGCUCAUACAGAUAGUAUUGUUUACAAUGUUUAAUAUUUUUCUAUUUAUUUUGAGGCAUUAAUAAAAAGCACUUAACCUAUGACAAUUCCUCUUUUACUUUAUAAUGUCAUGGAUUCAAUUAAGGCUAGAGAAGUAAAAUGUUCAAACCAAUAAUGUUUAAAUUAAUAAUUAAUGUCUAUUAACAUUUAACAUUGUUAAUCCAGAGUUGUAUCAAACAAUGAACAAAUCUGCAGAUGGUGUAGUAAAAAUGUGAAUAAUUAAACUGUGAAUAUUGGUAAUUAAUUGUAAAUAUAUUUAUGUAGAUUUUAUUUUACAGUACGUUUAUUAAAUAUCUCACCCUCUUUUUUACAAGUUAAGCCAAUUAUUUAUUACGUUAACUGUAAAUAUUUGUUCACCUUUACUAUUAAAAUAAAUUAUUAAUUUAUACUGUGAUUUUGUAGUUUAGUAAGUAUGUUGAGUUUUAUUCACUGUCCUGCACUAAAAUAAUUUCCCCUGUAUAAAAUAUGAAAAACCUGUUAUUAAAUCAUAUUAAAAAAGUAUGUAUACAUAUAUAUCUAAUGCCUAUUUCCUACAAGUACUAUUUGUGUCAAUUGUUAAUGUAAAUAUUGCUAUUAAUUUUGAAUUAUCAAUAUCAUUGUUAUUGAAUUAGAGAUGAGUGUUCUACAUUAUAGCUCUAUAAAGAAGAGAAUGGUGUUUUAAACCCUCACAUGUAGGUAACUCUUCUUUAAUACCAAAUAUUUAGCAAUGUAUAACAAUAAUAUAAUUAUUAAUGGUUGAAUGAAUAAGUUGACAUGACUGGAAGAUAUAUUGACUUGAAAAUAGUUAAGUUGUUAUUAUGUGUACGUAAUAGAAAAUAAUAAAUAUAACACAUGUAACAUGUU